AUGGAAGGUAGAGAGGUUGAAGGUUCUUUUAGUGGGGCCAAUGGGGUGCGAAACAUUCAGUUAAGAAAACGUUGCAAAGAUGGGCCGUCCGGAGGGGCUCGACCCUUGUCUCCUGUGCUUGAUGUUGAAGGAAAACCUCUUAUAAGUGGUGUGGAAUACUAUAUACUUCCAGCUGAAACUGAUAUUACUGGUGACUGUCGUCUCAGCUCAAGGUGUGUGUCUGCUGGUAUUGUGGAUGAGAAUGGAAAGAAAUUGCUGGUGUUGGGUGGUCCUGCAUUUCCUUUCAAAGAGAUCUUAGAUUCAUUGGCAGAUUUUGGAAGUGGACCACGUGGGCGCAUAGUUGUGGACAAAAAGAAGGACGUCACUGCAAUUGAAAAGGGAAGAGAGGCUAAUCUAAUAACAGCAGUACUCAUAUCAACAGUAACAUUUGCAGCAGCAUUUACCCUGCCCGGCGGUUACAAGAACGAGCAAGGUCCUAAUCAGGGUACUGCAAUUCUAAGCAAAAAAGCAGCUUUCGUUGCUUUUGUUAUAUCUGAUGCCAUGUCAAUGGUCCUUUCCCUCUCUGCUGUCUUUAUCCACUUUUCUAUGUCACCAUUUAGACCAAGUGCGCGAAAUUAUUUUAAGGCGGCAUCACUUCUUACCCAGUUUUCCAUGGCCACAAUGGUGAUCGCUUUUGUGACUGGUACUUAUGCAGUGCUAGCACCUAGCUUAGUGCUCGCCAUAACCACUAGUCUAAUUGGAAUUGGUCGAACCCAAUUUCGGUCGUGGGAUUAG